AAAAAUGGCUGGAGAAGAAGCAAGUGGAGUGGCCGAGGAAGAGGAAGAAGAACCACCCGCAGCAUUAAUGGAGGGAAAUAUAGUUGGACUGGUGGAUGCUCCGAUUCUGCUUCUACUUUGUUUCCACAAAGCCCUUCGAGUUGAGUUCACUGAGCUUCGUCGAAUGGCGGUGGAGGCGGCGGAGAGGGGAGGUUUUGACGAUGGUCUUGUUAUUGACAUCCGCCAGCGGUUUGAGUUUUUGAGGCUUUUCUACAAGUAUCACUCGGCUGCCGAAGAUGAGGUCAUUUUUAUGGCUCUGGAUAAACUUGUGAAAAAUGUGGUGAACGCAUACUCCCUCGAACAUGCAAGCAUAGAUGACCUGUUCGACUCUGUUUUCCACUGCCUGGAUGUUUUAAUCAACGAUCGCCACCAAAUUAGUUCAACUCCAUUUCAAGAACUUGUAUUCCGCAUUGGCGCAAUACAGACCACAAUUUUUCAGCAUAUGCUUAAAGAAGAAGAGCAGGUAUUUCCACUGCUUAUGCAGCAGUUCUCUUCGGAGAAACAGGCAGCAUACAUUUGGCAAUUCAUGUGUAGUAUCCCUGUGACGCUGUUAGAGGAUUUUUUGCCUUGGAUAAUAUCUAUUCUUUCCUCAAGAGAACAGAUUGAGUUCAUACACUGCAUAGAAAAUGUUGCACCCAAGGAAAAACUGUUGCAAGAGUUGGUACAUUCUUGGAUUGGUGGCAAGAAGCAGAAAUCUGACAGUGGUGCACUCGGAGUUCAGUUUCGUAAAGGCCUUGGCAAUUAUAAGGACAUACACAAGAUGUACACAUCCGAGGUGAACUUCGCAGAAAAUCAGCAAUUGGCAGAAGUUUUUGCACUACAAACUGGCGGAAAAAAUCCAGUUGAUGGGAUUCAUCUUUGGCAUAAUGCCAUUACAAAAGAUCUGCAAGUUAUACUGCUGGAACUCUAUCAGAUGAGAUCCUUCAACAGCUUCUCAGAUCUAGCUUCACUUGUUGUCCAGCUAAAUUUUAUGGCAGACACCCUCAUUUUCUAUAGCAAUGCGCUGAAUAAAAUAUUUUACCCUGUAUGGAAUGAACUUCCCAAAGAUUUUACAUUGCCUGAAUAUGCACAAUUCCUGGACGAGAGGAAAAUUGAAGGUCUGCAGAAUUUGCUGUCUUACAAAGCUCAUCAUUCAAUACCACUUAAGAACUAUGUUGAGAAACUCUGCGGGGAACUGGAAUUGUUUUUGAGCUGGAUUGAUGAACACCUGACCUUACUUCAUAAACAGGUUUUUCCAUUCAUUGGAAUGAACUGCAGCCAUUCAAUGCAACAGUGGCUAUUGUACACGAGCCUUAAGAUGAUGCCACUUGGGUUGGCAAAAUGCAUGAUUACUUGGUUUGCAGCUCAUUUAUCUGAGGAGGAAUCCAAGUCCAUUCUCAGUAUGAAUCUAGAAGAUUCUGUAGCCAAUAAGCCUCUGGCAGCUAUCUUAUGUGAGUGGGUACGCACUAGUUACUCAGGUAAAAUCUCUACUGAAAAGUUCAAAAAGGACCUGCAGAAGUUUUUCAAUAGCAGGUGUUCAUUUUUGUCUGAACAAAUCAAGGAGGAGGCCAAACUCUCCAGACUCCAGUUGGAUAUGCAACAUUACAACAGAUCCAACUCUUUGCUACUAGAAAAUAAUUCAGCUAUUACGAGUGACAUGCAUACUUCAGCUUCUGCCUCGGAAAGCACAAGGAAUUAUGACACAUCAUACAGCAGUGGGAUGAAUUUGCAUGUGUUACUCCCUCAAACUUUAAAUAUCCCAUCCCAAAUUUCUUGUCGUUCUUCAGCAAGUAAUAGUGCUCCCACUAUUUCCUGCCUGAAGUCGACACCAAUGGACCACAUCCUUGUUAUCCACAAAGCUUUAAUGAAGGAUCUGGAUUACCUUGUACUUGCUUCAUCUAAGUUGUCUGAUAAUGUAGCUUUUCUUACAGACUUCCAUCAUCGCCUCCGUUGUGUAAAAUUAAUGUAUCAGAUACAUAGUGCUUCAGAGGACGACAUUGCCUUUCCAGCUCUGGAGGCAAAGGUGGAUUUUAAAAAUAUCAGCCAAUCCUACACCAUUGACCACAAGUUAGAAGUUGAACAUUUUAUUAAGGUUUCCAGUAUUUUCGAUGAGAUUUCAAGAUUUCUUGUCUCAUUGCCUAAUGAUGGUAUAGGUACCCCGGGUCACAGGGAGCCAAGUUAUAAGCAGUUGUGUGUGAAACUCCAUGAUAUGUGUAUAUCAAUGCAUAAAGUCCUGAGUGACCAUAUCCAUCAUGAAGAAAUUGAACUUCUACCUUUAUUUAGAGAACACUUCUCUAUUCAGGAGCAAGAAAAAAUCAUAGGAUGCAUGCUUGGAAGAAUAAAAGCAGAAAGCUUGCAAGAAAUUAUACCCUGGUUAAUGUCAUCUUUAGAGACAGAGGAUCAGCAAAGUAUGAUGUCAUUAUGGAGGAAGGUUACUGAAAAUACAAAAUUUGACGAAUGGUUAGGAGAAUGGUGGGAAGAAGGGAAGGUCCUUAAUAUGGCUAAAGUAGCAGAAAAAUCAAGUUCUCUGCCAUGGUUGACCAUAGAUGAACUAGAUAUUGUGUCAAAAUAUUUGGUGAAAGGAAGGCUCGCCGAAAAACAUGCCUCUCAUUGUAAGAUAAGCAUAGAAAACUCACAAAACAAAAUUGGUUUAUCUGGAAAUCUUGUUGUGGACAAUAAGGAUGAGAUUUUGAAUGAACACCAACACAAAGAAAAACCUUUAAAGUGUGCUGAUAUUACUUGUGAGGUUGGAAACAAUAGGGAUGAUGAAAAAACAGAUUUCUCUGGUCUAGCUGAUGAAAAAGGAAAAGUUUUACCAAUCUAUGAGAAGUUCGGGCAUGAGAAGGACCUAAGAAUGAGUCAGGAGGAACUGGAUGCGGCAAUAAGGUGUGUGACCCGCGAUCCAGAUUUGAAUCUUCAGAAGAAGUCAUACAUAAUUCAGUGCUUGCUUACCAGCCGUUGGAUCGCAGCACAGAAGAGAUUACAGUCUGAGACAGAACCAACUGAGGAAAAAGUUCCAGGACAGCAUCCAUCUUAUCAAGAUCCUCAGAAACAGACAUAUGGCUGCAGACAUUACAAGAGGAACUGCAAGCUUGUCUCUUCGUGCUGUGAUACGCUAUAUACAUGUAGAAAAUGCCAUGAUGAGGUGGCUGAUCAUUCUAUGGAUAGAAAAAGAACCACCAAGAUGAUGUGCAUGAGAUGUCUGAUAAUUCAGACUAUUGGUCCCACCUGCUCAACACCUUCUUGCAAUAAGCUAUCCAUGGCCAGUUACUACUGCAAGAUUUGUAAAUUAUUUGAUGAUGAGAGGCAAAUUUUCCACUGUCCAUAUUGUAAUUUGUGUCGACUGGGGAAAGGACUGGGAAUCGACUUCUUCCACUGCAUGGUUUGCAAUGCUUGCAUGCAUCCAUCUCUUACUGUGCAUACAUGCAGGGCAAAGUGCUUUGAAGAUUUUUGCCCAAUCUGCCAUGAGUUUAUUUUCACCUCAAGCGCUCCCAUCAAGUCUCUUAGAUGUGGCCAUUUGAUGCACUCUGCAUGUUUCCGGGCCUACACAUGUUCCCACUACAUCUGCCCAAUCUGCAGCAAGUCACUCGGGGACAUGAAGAUGUAUUUUGAGAUGUUGGAUGCGUGCUUGGCUGAUGAGAAAAUUCAAGAAGAACAUGCUGGCCAAACUCAGGCUAUAUUAUGCAAUGACUGUGAAAAGAGAGGUAGUGCUUCUUUCCACUGGUUCUAUCACAAGUGUCCUCAUUGUGGUUCAUAUAAUACAAGGCUUCUGUAAGUGACAUCUACUGAAUGUGACUAAUUUCUCAGAAACUCUGUGGCAGUUCUUCGACUUCUUAUACCACUCUUUAUGCAAUAGAUAUGUACUUAUACUACUCAUUCCUCUUUUGAAUUGAAGAACAUUGUACAUGUGUUUGUCUUUUAUGGAAGCAAAUUGUACAUAUUUUGUGAAUGCAACCUGUUAUCAUCAAUGUUACCUGUCAA